AUGGGUGGCCAAAUGUCUUCUCUGCGCCACGAUGUACGCUUUCAGCGCCCAAUAUACAAGGAUCUGCUCUCGUUUGCUCUUGACGAACGGCCUGUUGACUACGACGACCAUCGGCCAUUGUACGUUGAUGCAGAGAACCCGGCUUGGUCUCUAAAUGCUGUGCAAGUGAGACAGCUGGUUCGGACUCUCAUUGCCGGCCUCAAAAAAGCUGCCGAUGUAAAUGAGGGUGACUGCGUUUUGGUAACAUUGCCGAAUAAUGUAUUAUACUCUUCAAUACUCUAUGGCAUUGUUGGCGCCGGCGGCAUUUACAUGGGUAUUAACCCAUCAAGCCAAUAUGCAGAGCUAGACCAUUUCUUGACAUUGUCAAAUCCAAAAUUAAUAAUCACAGCGCCAAACACAUUGUCCCUGUUGCAAGAAGCUACGAAAGCGAAGGACAUUCCUCAUAAUCGUAUCUGCGUCUUGGAUGAAUAUGCCAUCUCAUGCUUGUCGUCAAUACUGUCAACACCAACGCCAUCGCAACAGUCAAUCCAGAAAAGUGCCAGAUAUCAAGUAGGAGAAACAGGCAACACAGCAUGUCUAAACUUCUCCACAUUGCUUGAGCAUGGCGAAGAGGACUGGAUCAGGUUUGACGAUAAAGACCGAGCAAUCAACACCCCUGCAGCCAUGUAUACUACUAGCGGCACUGGCGGCUUGCCUAAGGGGGCACUGCUAUCCCACCAUUCAAUCAUCAUGCAUCACCUCGGAAUACACUACGAGACGCCAUAUGAUACCACCAGAUUGAUGUGUAUCCCCAUGUUCCAUCUCUUUGGCGCCUUGUAUACACACAUUUUUCCCGUCCGUUACGGUGAAACAUGUUACGUUCUACCCAGAUUUGACAUAGAACAGUUUGUACGAACCAUAUACCUCUACCGCAUUACCGAGACAUAUAUGGUUCCUGUCAUGGUACAAGCAUUGAAUAAAUCCUCCAACUUGGAGCUUUCGGAGUUCUUCAGAUCAUUGCGAUACAUUGGGACGGCGGGAGCUCCUCUUGAUACUGGCACAGCGCAACGCUUGGAAGAGCGGCUACACCACGAGGCUGAGAUAUCUCAAAUUUGGGGAAUGACUGAAGUUGGAAUAGCCUUUCAAAGAAGAUAUGGAAGCGGCGACGAUCCUGCUAGCAUUGGCCGACUGCUGCCGAAUUAUGAUGUUAAAUUGUUGGAUAUCGAGGGCCGAGAAAUCACAGCUGAAGGUACACCUGGCGAAAUGUACGUUCGUGGCCCUGGAGUCCUGAUGGGAUACAAGGGCGUGCCGGAUGCCAAGGAUGAGUUUGGUUGGUUUCGCACUGGUGAUAUUGUUUCUGUUCGUGGUGGCCAGUAUUACGUGGUUGGACGGGCAAAGGAGCUCAUCAAGGUCCGCGGAUGGCAAGUUGCACCAGCAGAAAUUGAAGCCGUCCUACUCAGGCACCCGUGCAUUGCCGAUGCAGCAGUGGUGGGUGUCAAAAAAGAUGCAUCUCAAGACCAUGUAGAAGAUGAACUGGUACGCGCAUUUGUAGUGCGUCGAAAAACGGCAGCGGCAAGCCGUCUAACGGCCGACGAGGUCUAUCGAUUCACGCGCAAUCAACUUGUUAGCUACAAGUCCCUGACUGGCGGCGUGAUCUUCGUUGAGGAGGUUCCUCGUACCCCGAGUGGCAAGGUGCAAAGAGUCAAACUCGUCGAAAUGUGUGCUUACCGCGACCUGGUUUCCAGUCUCCUUCCAGUUCAGUCUGUUGAACACCCGGUCAGACUGUCGGUUCACAAUUUGGGAUUGCGUUCCAUAGGUCAUACAACAAGUGGUGUUGGUACACCUCGGAUAGAGCUUCGUUCUUGA